UGAAUGUGAACGGGUUGUUGAAGUUUGAGAAGCAAGAACAGAUUUAACUAACUGGGGGAGUCAGAAUGUCGCAGAACAAAAGUCCAGAGGAGUCCAUAUGUAAUGCCUCUCUGAUUCGAAAUGUGUGGGAAAUCAGAACGAAAUCUCAUACGAUAAAACUGAAGACAGAAGAGGAAAGGGUGUCAAAGAGUGCACUGAAACAGAUAAACGAGGAAUGGCAGAUGCGUAUGACAACCGAGAGGAAGGCACCACCAAGGCUGCAGCAGAAAUCCAGGCACAGUGACAACACAGCUCUUCAGAAUUACUUGAACAAACCAUUUCUCUCUUACACAAGUAGAAAUUCAGAGUUUUCAAACUCAAAGUUGCAAAACCAAAGGGGGCUAUUUUCCAAAAGGGUAAAGAAUAUUAGUGAUAUCUAUCAUGAUCAACCAUCUCUGUUAAAGUGGGGGAAGUCUUGGAAGUUCUCACGGCCCACAUUGCACAUGGAAGAGGAGGCACAAGCAAAAAGUGUAUCAGAUUGGGGUAAGUCAUGGAAAUUCUCAAAUCUGCAACCCGACCUGGAAGGUCAAACUUGGUCAGAGCAGGACUUAUAUAAUGAUGACUUAGAUUUCCAACAGCAUAAUGACACAACAUUUUUGUCAAAGGAGGUCAAGUCAAAUGCUUUUUCGAGGUCCCAAUCUUUUGAGGAGAGUUUGUGUUUGUCGGAAUGGGAACCGUCUUGGAAGUUCUCAAAGCAUCCUAGCCAUGAAGAAGAAUCAUUAUCAGAAGAAGAGCAAUUCAAUACUUCCAUGGAUAUUGAAACCGAUGAAGACAUGUGUCAGUCAAAAGGAAAUAUACUCUUGGAUUCUUACCUUCAUGAGAAUGAAAUGUCAGAAUGGAGAGAUUCCUGGAAAGUGUCAAAGCCUGAAGAGACUGAUUACCAGUCUGUAGAAUUGGAACCUGAGGAAGCUGUGGAUCAUGAAUUCAAUGAAGAUGAAACACCUGUUUCAAAGUGGUGUAAGUCUUGGAUGAUACUGUAUCACGAGCUGCCUAAAAAUAAAUCUCAGUCCUCUGACUGGAGUGAGUCUUGGAAGCUCUUGCAUGUUCCAUCACAACAAGAAAACGAUAAUCACACAGAUGAAGACUUGUCUGAGGAGUCAUCAGAUAUUGACACUUUUGAGAGCAUGUUUCUGCCAACAAGGGACAAGAUGAACAUGUUACUGACUUCCCAAGAUUGCUCUGUUUCUGAAUGGAGUAGGUCCUGGGAGAUCACAAAACCCCAGGCUCAGGCUCUGUCCCAGAAUGAUCAGAAACACAAGACAGGACAACAUGAGUCAGAGGAAAUUUUAGAUUUUCGGCCUGAAAAAGAGAAUUGUGUGAUAAUCAAGAGCAAGUCUCGACAGUUCCUGAGUCCCCAGUUCUUCAGUGAUGAGUUGUCUACAAUUGAUUGGGGAGAAUUCAUGAUGAUGCACGACAAAGCUCAAGAAGUGACAUUAUAUAGCAAUGACCAGCUUUUCAAUACAUGGCAAGCCAGAGUCAAUCACUACGAAGAGAAGGAGACGAGUGAAAAAGAGCGUCGCAGGAAAAGCGCUCUGCCACAGUAA